UUCGCAGUACAGGCCCCUGCUCCUCAGGGAACUGUCUGGUUGUUAGGUGUGGUUGUUAGGUCGAUAAUUCCGUUUCCGGCUCCAGCUGGGACCAAAGCGGGGUUUUUUUUUAGUUUAAAAGUUUUUCCCGAUGUUCAGAGUAGCCCACAACAUAAAUAGUUAUUCUACUACUCACACCUGCGUCAACCUCGUGAAGUCCUAUUUUUCAUGUAGAGGCCUGGACUUCACCCUCGCUGAAAAGGAGGUUCGCAGGAGGUUGUGAAAACGGCUGGCUGCGCUUGUCAACUUAUUGCACGACAGAGCGGAAGGACCCUGGAGACAACUUGUAGUGUCAGACUUGAUUAGUUUGUGUCUAUUCUGAUCAGACAUAGUGGCCCGUAACGAUCCAGAAAGUAACCCGAUGUAGGGAACUGUGCUUUUCAUCAGUUUCCAAUGUGCUCGGUACCCAUUUAACUAGCAAUUUGUGUAUAACUGACGAAAAGGUGUCAUGAUCCUACCUCCGACAACCACAUCACAUAAUGCAAAGCCGACGUUGCAGGCGUGCAUUUGCCAAGCCCAUGGACUGAAUGCAUUGUCAGAAUUGUAAGUCAGCCCUGCACACUGGACUUGGGGCUGGAGUCGCCCGCCUCAAUGAGAGGCAGCGGGGACAUCUAAGGACAGACUGAAGGAAGACCAGCAAGCAGGGGAUAGGCGGAAAGCGCAGCGGCCGGAGGAGUGGGCUUGCAACCGGGGCCGGAGAGGAGAGAGAGCGCGCCGUGUCGGGCUCGGUGGCCAAGGCUGUCAGUGCCUGGCUGUUUGACUCUUCGUUUAAGGCGCUCUGCCCGAGCAGCCGAGUCAACAACCCUGUGCAGUCCCCCGCCAUUGGAAUAGGCCAUCCUCCGGACUUUCUGCUUCUAUCUAGUUGUAACACAGGGGCUAAGGUUGGCGAAUGUCGAUGGGUAAGACGGGAAACAUGCCUUCUUGAGGAGGAAUUGCGCGGUGGAUAGAAAAAAGGGUCGUUUCGGUGUCACUCCCAUUUCUGUGAAGGCGAUCGGACCCAAGUUUCAAUUACGAACGAGUCCGAGCUCAGAGCUGAGACCAAGACGGCUGAAUCGGCGAGGAGGGGAGACUCUAGGAAUAAUCAGCCGGCGUUUAGGCCUCAAGACAUGGGCAACACGCCCGCCUCUAGGCGGGGAAGCGAUAUGGAAAGCGUGAAGGAGUUCCUUGCCAAAGCCAAAGAGGACUUCCUGAGGAAAUGGGAGGACCCUGCACAGAACACAGCUGCUCUGGAGCAGUUUGAGCGGUUGAAAACUCUGGGCACAGGUUCAUUUGGCCGUGUGAUGCUCGUGAGGCACAGAGAGACUGGUCAGCACUUUGCCAUGAAGAUCCUGGACAAACAGAAGGUGGUGAAGUUAAAACAGAUUGAGCACACACUGAAUGAGAAGCGCAUUCUUCAGGCUGUCUGCUUUCCUUUCCUAGUGCAGCUGGAGUACUCCUUCAAGGAUAACACAAAUCUCUACAUGGUGAUGGAGUAUGUUCCAGGGGGAGAAAUGUUCUCACAUUUAAGAAGAAUCGGCAGAUUCAGUGAGCCACACGCCCGUUUCUAUGGCGCCCAGAUUGUCCUGACGUUUGAGUACCUCCAUGCCCUGGACCUCAUCUACCGAGACCUGAAGCCUGAGAACCUGCUCAUCGACCAGCAGGGCUACAUACAGGUAACAGACUUUGGCUUUGCAAAGAGGGUCAAAGGUCGGACAUGGACGCUGUGCGGCACCCCGGAGUACCUGGCUCCAGAGAUCAUCCUCAGCAAGGGUUAUAAUAAAGCUGUGGACUGGUGGGCGCUGGGAGUGCUCAUCUAUGAGAUGGCUGCUGGCUACCCGCCCUUCUUCGCCGACCAGCCCAUUCAGAUCUACGAGAAGAUCGUCUCCGGGAAGGUCCGCUUCCCUUCCCACUUCAGUUCGGACCUGAAGGACCUUCUCCGGAACCUUCUGCAGGUGGACCUGACCAAGCGCUAUGGCAACCUCAAGAACGGCGUCAGCGACAUUAAGGGCCACAAGUGGUUCGCCACCACCGACUGGAUCGCCAUCUAUCAGAAGAGGGUGGAGGCCCCAUUUGUUCCCAAGUGCAAAGGCCCCGGCGACACCAGCAACUUUGACGACUAUGACGAGGAAGAGAUCCGAGUCUCAUUCACUGAGAAGUGCUCCAAGGAGUUUGCCGAGUUCUGAGUUCUUAUUAGGUUGGGGGGUGUUAGGAUGAGAGUGGGUGAUGUUGCCUGUCUGAAUCACAACCAGAGAGAGGUCCAGCAGAACCGACAACAAGCCUCUCCAGUCUCCUGAAAAAAGAAGACGGCAGUGUUGCCUUUUUAUAUAUUUUCUUUCUUUCUUUUUUGUCAUCUUUUGUGUCUUAAAUCACUAUAUAUAUUUACAGGAAGCAGAGCUUUGGCUCAUUCAGACAAAUUAUAACAUUUACUCCUCCACAUACAUCUACAGAAUCUCUCACUAUGAGCCCAACUACAGUCUUACCUAUGCGGAGCUUAAUCACCAUCUGACACCUGUGAAGGUUAACGUGUCCGGUGGAGAUCACGGCAGCUCUCUACGCACUUACAUUCUUUAUAAGUCACGCCCACUUUUACUUGCUCGCUGUUAUGCUAACUUGUCCAUGUCGGACAGGUGGCCCGCCCGUCUGACCAAAGCAAUACCGAGCCAAACGCACGUUGUUGUUGUCGUCGUCGUUUUUUUUCACUUACACUGUCGACAUUCUGAUAAAUAAUUAUCUAUGUGCAUUACGAAGUUUGAGCAUUUCUGACGAUAGUAUUAAGAUAUGUUUUUAGUCACCGAUUGUUAUCUUGAUUCUGUUAUAAGGCCUUCAGUCCUAUUUAGGUUAUUUUUCUCCGUGCAUUGUUUGUGUGUGUGUUUGUGUGUGUGUGUGGGCUACUGAGGUAGAUAUGGUGACUGAUUUGAUGCCUUGUUUGGUUUGAUCAAGUCCUCUGUGCCAUAGUCUGUAUAAUGCUCAUCUGAAAUGUAUUUCCCUCUUGUGAAUGCAGCUACCUUCCGAAGGGUUCACGAGGUCUGUGUGCGAACUGUCCUUGAGUCAGUGGAUCGCUUACUUGUCUACUUCAAAUUUCCACGGUCAGACAACCAUGCGACGUGGCGAAGCCAAGGUCACAAAUCGAUACCCUCUAUAAACGUUUACAUGGCGCACAGACAGACCUACCAUAUCACCAAAAUGUGUUUUACGCUACUGCUAGAAUUAUCAGGCCCUUUUAAGUUUUUAUUUUUCCUGUUUGUUUCUGCAUCGCAUGUGUGCAGAGACUAGGCUACCGUACAGAAUUUGCCAUAGCUAGACGACAUUUUAGUAGGCUAUUAAACUUGAGGAGAGGAUGUUGUUGUGCAUCGGACUACUCUGCAGAUGUCCGUCCAAUUAAAAUAAACAAAUAAAAAUAAAGUGCAGCAGGAAGCUGUUUCAGCUUUAGUCUAUAGAGGCUGCCUGAACGCGAUAUUUUAACAUGGACCAGACCGCUUGCCGUCUUUGUCAGUCACAGCUGAUGAAGAGGGCUAUCCGUACACUCAAACAACGACUUUCCUCGUUGUCCUCUCCUCGCGUUCGCUCGCGCAUGUGUGUGUGGAGCCUAUAGCCCACAACGAAGACGCCGCGAGUGUUGUAGCGCUCCGGUUGCAUAACUUCUGACAACAGGGUGCCGCUGGACUGUAGUCGCCCCUCCCCCUCUUUUUUUACUUCCCAAACCUCAACCUCAGCCCCUCCAGCGCAACAAACGCAUGUCAUUAAUCUGGCUGAGCGAAAGGCCCCGGAGACGACGACCCCCGCGGCGCGCCCCCGAUUCACAGCCUACAGUCCUGCCCUGCGUCACAUCAUCGCCGUGAUCACAACGUGCGCUUGGUCAACAAAAAAAAUGUGACGGCGAUCACGCUGGUACACACACCUUUGAUCGGUGUGUGUGUGUGUGUGUGAGAGAGAGAGGGCUGCCACCGUGCUGGGGGGUCGGUCUGGGCAAACAGUCCAUCAAUGAUUAGUCGACGUUUUGUUUUUGUGUUUAAUUCCACGUGGUCGUGAUUUCACUUGAGUUAAGCACACGCACUAGGAUUAUAAAGUGCUUUGCAUAAGAUAAAGUUUUUAGUUUAUUGUUUGGUUAAGUCGGUAAGGUCAGUUGCCGUGAUGCCAGGCCCACUUAUUUCCCAAAACGGGUAAAACGUUGACUUGCAUCUGUCGCACUUUUGGGGCGGGACACUAACUGACCCCAUCAAGUAGCCUACUAUUUUAUUUGAACACCCUCUUUGGGAGGCGUCCCAAGACACAGCGUAUGUAUGGGUUGGGGGCGUGUGUGUGCGUGCGUGCGUUUAAAACAGAGAAUACAACGAUAUGUAG